GGCGACGGCACACAGUUUCAACCAGUUCCACAAAUGGCGCCACAAAUGUAUAAUAAUUGCACAUGUUUGAAUAUUGCAGGGUGUCCGCAUCUUGCUACUUUUAAUGAUAGCCACGAUCAUUGGAUUACGGUACCAGGAAUGAUCUCAGAUUAUUUAGUGCUCGAUGGUGCACUUGCUUCUACAUUUGAAUGCUAUUAUAAUGAGACAGUACCGAUAACGCUAAAAUCAUUAUCGAAUGAUUCAGACAAACAUUUUGUGAUGAAAUCAACUAUAGAAACGCUACUGAAUGAAUUGAUGAUUGAUGAAAUGAGCAUCCAUUUAUUGAUCAUGAAUAUUCCUACUGGAAUGAGUCAAAGAACUGCUGCACAUUAUGACGAUAUUGAUGUUCGUAUGCAUAGUUAUGUCAAUCAACACAGUCGAAGUUUUCUUUAUCCUGCUUAUCGCAACUUUCAUCAUUUUUAUAUAGCACCUGGUAUAGUGCAUAAACCUCACCAUGGCCAUCAUAGACAUCGAUUUUAUGGACUUUAUAGUUAUGAAGAUGAUGAUAAUGAUGAUGAUGAACGAGUUUAUCAGCAAUACUGGAUGUAUUAUUAA